AUGCAUAGGGACAACCCACGAGGGAGAAGAGGAGAAAAAACCAUUACUCGAGAGAGGAAGUUGAAGAAGAAGAGGCAGGAAGCCCAAUCAAAGAGGGAGAAAAAGGAAAAUAGAAAGAGAGAGAAGGAAGAACGAGAGAGGCGAGAGGAAGAAAUGAGAGCUAAGGAGGAGGAAGAGAGGAAGAAGAGAGAAGAGGCCAUGCGUCGACAACAAGAACAAAUUUCAAGUUUUGACACAGAGGACUCUGAAGAGGAGCAAGAACAGAGUGACGAUGAGAGCUCUUCUUCAUCUGAGAAUGAUGAAGGAGGAGAGAGAGCAGCUGCUUUGGCUCAAAAAGAGCCAGAGCAGCCUUGGAAAGCCAUAAACUCUGCACCUACUCUGGAUGAGGUUCGAUCAUCCUUAGCAGUAUUGAGAUCCGAGUCUUUGACAAAUGCUACUCGACUCGAACAAUUACAAGAAUUGACGACAAUCAAUACAGAGACCCUGCAAAAGGUCGUUGCUCACAUUCAGAGGGAUGCUGCCUCCACCUCAACUCAAGAUCAGACAACGCUCAUCCCUCUGAGUGUCCCUGUUGACCACAUCACCCAGAAAGAGAUGCGGGAUCUGGAUCAACUACUUGAAAAGGUGGCGAACUACACCUCUGACUUCAACAAUAUAACCAAGCAGGCGGUCAUCAACAUGCGCCGCUCUUUGGCUGCGUUCAAGUUUAGAGCGGACGUAGAGAUCACCAACUCUACCGCAGCUUCAGAUAUUGUUGACUUCUUUGACGCAAAGGUCAAGGCAAUGGCUCCCACUGAUGUGUAG